AUGGACCUCAUUCAUCAAGUGCCGGUGUAUGCUCAAUUUCUCAAGAGCUUGUGCAUGAAUAAAAAGAAAUUUAAAGCUGAUGAGACAUUUGAGUUGAAGAAGGAAGUAAGUGCAAUAAUCCAAAGAAGGCUACCACCAAAGAUGCAAGAUUCGGGGAGCUUUACAAUAGGGUGUACUACAGGAGAGAAAGUGUUUGAAGGAGCUCUCAUAGACUUAGGGGCGAGUGUCAAUUUGAUGCUCUUAGCUAUAUACCGGAAGCUACAAAUUGGUGAGUUGAAGCCCACAUCAAUUAGAUUGCAACUAGCGGAUCGUAGCACAAUACAUCUGGUGGGAGUUGUAGAGGAUGUGUUAGUGAGAAUAAAUAAAUUUAUUCUACCUGCCGACUUUGUAGUGUUGGAUAUGGGUGAAGACCCCUACCUUGAUAAUGAGUUACCUAUCAUUCUAGGCUGA